GCUGGAGCGUGAUGGCGGCCGGAGGCGGCGACCCUCGCGCCGGCGAUGUGGAGGAAGACGCCUCGCAGCUCGUCUUCCCCAAAGAGUUUGAAACAGCAGAAACUCUUCUAAAUUCCGAAGUCCACAUGCUUCUAGAGCAUCGAAAGCAACAGAAUGAAAGUGCAGAGGAUGAACAAGAACUUUCAGAGGUUUUCAUGAAAACUUUAAAUUACACUGCACGUUUUAGUCGUUUUAAAAACAGGGAAACCAUUGCUAGUGUUCGGAGUUUGUUACUCCAGAAAAAGCUCCAUAAGUUUGAGUUGGCCUGUUUAGCAAACCUUUGUCCUGAGACAGCAGAAGAGGCUAAGGCUCUGAUUCCAAGCCUGGAAGGUCGAUUUGAAGAUGAGGAAUUGCAGCAGAUUCUUGAUGAUAUCCAGACCAAGAGGAGCUUCCAGUAUUAGUACUAGGAACCCAGCCCUUCAGUGAAGAUAGAAGAGGAAAUUUCCCAAAAUUCCUCUGCAGUUGAGGAGAACUUGGACUCCCUUCAGAGACCGUGAAGAAAUUUAGUCACAAAAGUAGGUCAGGCCACCUGUGGACAAGGCAAUGCAGUCUUGCAUCAACAAGUAAUUCAAACUUGUGAACAGUUGUGAUUCUGAUUGACUCUUUGAAUAUUUGAGAUGUGGCAAAGGCCAGGAAUGCCAUUGACUCUUAAAGGGGCUUUGGGAUGAUUUCCUUUAAUGAAGGGUUUUCAAAUGAGGUAGUGGACCAGUACCUAGAUGUUUGCAUCAUCCUCUCCAUCUCUUCUCUUAAAGGGAAAUAUUAAGGGUAAAGAGUGAGGUGGGAGAAUUUAGCCAGUAAAUACAUGUGGCAUGUUAUUGACUACCUCAUAUCACUGAUUUUGGCACUUCAUUUAUAUUCACAUUUCUGGUUUGAAUUUCAAGCUAUUGUGAAAUAUUAUUGACCCAAAUUAGAAUAUAUAAAAAUAGCUUGAGUAAAAAAAAAAAAAAGGUGUGUCUCAUAUAAA